AUGAAUCAGAACACCAUGUCCUACUUAAAUGUGAACAAGUGCUCAAGCGAAGACAGUCUUAAAAUGAUCCUGUUGUGGGUCACACUUCUUCUCCUUCAUCAAGGAUGUGCUUUGCUUCCAGUGAUCACAGUUGAACUUGGUGAAGCAGCAACACUUGCAUGUGAUUUGCCUGAUAAUAAAGAUAGAAGUGGUAAACUUUCCUGGUACAGGCAAACUGUGGGAGAUACUCUGGAACUAGUUGUAACAUUUGUGAAUCAUGCAAAUCCCACGUACGGACCAGCUUAUUCUGACUCAAGAAUGAACUAUUCACAUAGUGACAAAACGAGCAACCUAACAAUUUUAAAAGCAGCUCACGAAGAUGAAGGAAUGUAUCACUGUGCUUUCAUCGACUGGAGCCAAAAUAUUUGGCAUGGCACCUACUUGUUAAUUAAAGGAAACACUGUGGGAACAUCAAACUACAGAGUAGUUCAGAGCUCCACGGUAUCAAAUUCUCUCCAUCCAGUGGAAUAUGUGACUCUACAGUGUUCGGUCCUCUCAGACUUCGAGAGCAAGACGUGUUCAGGGGAUCUUAGUGUCUUCUGGUUCAGAUCAAAUAACUCUGACACAGAUAUCAUCUACAUUGAUGGAAACAAAAUGGACAGAUGUCACAAGAAAACUGAUCAGACUAGAUGCGUAUAUAACUUCUCUAAGAACAUCAGCUCCUCUGAUGCUGGGACAUAUUAUUGUGCCGUGGCCACAUGCGGAGAGAUUCUGUUUGGAAAUGGAACCAAGCUAGAAGCUGAGCCAACAGCAGACGCUGAAUUCCCUGUACUAGGGAUAUCUGUAUCCUGUUUAAUCAUUUCACUGAUCAUAAAUACUGUUUUCAUCUGUUUCAAAACUCCAAGAGCAACAUGUAAACAAUCUGAAGUAGUAGAAAGUGCCUCUUCACAAGAAAGAAGGAUGAACUUGAGCCAGCAAAAUGAUCAUUCUAAUGAAGAUGGCCAGGAUCUUAACUAUGCUGCACUGCACUUGACUGCUGGUAAAGCUAGAAGAGGAAAAAAAUUUAAUGAGUCGGAGGACAGCGUGUAUUCCCAUAUUAAACUCUAAAUUUGGGAUGUUUUCAAGAUCUGACCACUGAAAAUGCGAAUGAAUAAAUUUUGCAUUAAACAUUUUUUUGUUUUGUCAUUUUUAAAUAAACCCUUAAAAACAA